AAUAAUAAUAAUAAUAAUAAUAAUAAUAAUAAUAAUAAUAAUAAUAAUAAUAAUAAUAAUAAUAAUAAUAAUAAUAACAAUAAUAAUAAUAACAAUAAUAAUAAUAAUAAUAAUAAUAAUAAUAAUAAUAAUAAUAAUAAUAAUAAUAAUAAUAAUAAUAAUAAUAAUAAAAAUAAUAAUAAUAAUAAUAAUAAUAAUAAUAAUAAUAAUAAUAAUAAUAAUAAUAAUAAUAAUAAUAAUAAUAAUAAUAAUAAUAAUAAUAAUAAUAAUAAUAAUAAUAAUAAUAAUAAUAAUAAUAAUAAUAAUAAUAAUAAUAAUAAUAAUAAUAAUAAUAAUAAUAAUAAUAAUAAUAAUAAUAAUAAUAAUAAUAAUAAUAAUAAUAAUAAUAAUAAUAAUAAUAAUAAUAAUAAUAAUAAUAAUAAUAAUAAUAAUCAUAAUAAUAAUAAUAAUAAUAAUAAUAAUAAUAAUAAUAAUAAUAAUAAUAAUAAUAAUAAUAAUAAUAAUAAUAAUAAUAAUAAUAAUAAUAAUAAUAAUAAUAAUAAUAAUAAUAAUAAUAAUAAUAAUAAUAAUAAUAAUAAUAAUAAUAAUAAUAAUAAUAAUAAUAAUAAUAAUAAUAAUAAUAAUAAUAAUAAUAAUAAUAAUAAUAAUAAUAAUAAUAAUAAUAAUAAUAAUAAUAAUAAUAAUAAUAAAAAUAAU